GCAGUACAGCAACUCUCUGCAGACAGAUGGGAGGAGAUCUCAGGAGAUACCUGGUCCUAAUGCAAGAUAGAACUGUGAAUUCCAUCCCGGCUCAGCAGAAGCCUAGCCAAGCUCCCCGGUUCAUCUUAGACAGCAGCAGCAACCCUAGAUGCUGGGCAGCUGUGGUGGUGCAGGUAGGCUUGGUCAAGGUCUGGUCAGCUAGGCAGGGACAAGGAGCACUGAGACACGAGGGUGCCCAGGCAUUCUCUUUCUUUAGAUUUCUUGACUCAGCCUGUCUCCAGCUCAUGUAGGGGAGGACAGAAAGGAAGGGAAGGAGGAGGGGAGCAACUGGGAGCCAGCCAUUCUGCAAGGGAGCCGGGAGGGCUCCUUCCCUCCAAGGGUGUGUGUGUGUGUGUGUGUGUGUGUGUGUGUGAGAGAGAGAGAGAGAGAGAGAGAGAGAGAGAGAGAGAGAGAGAAUCGGUGGGAUUUCCUCCUCAGAAGCAGUCAGUUUCCUAAGAGAAAGAAGAGAGAAAGGAGAAAGAAAGGGAGGAGAAAAUUGGAGGUGGGAGAGACAGAAGGGGGAGGGGGCAGAAAGUGAGAGCACACUGGAGAUUGAGCACAGAGGCAGAGAGAGGGAGACAGAGAGAAAGCCACAGAGCAGGAGGGUGUGCAGAGCAGAGCCAGAGCUUAGAGGGACCCAGUGAGGGCGGGUGCAGGCAGAGGCAAAACCAGGGACCGCAGGCGCCUGCGACCCUGGAUUCCAGGGCACUACAGGAGUUCAGAGGAGAACCGGGAUACUGGCCAAGAGGUGGCGCGGGGCUAGGGGUGAGCACUCGCCCAGGUGCUCGCCGGUGAGGUGACCCCAGACUCCGAGUGUUUCGUGCCCGGGUGCUCGCCUGGGAGGUGGCGCGGGGUUCCGGGUGGCUGCGUGCCUAGGCGCUGGCCCAGGGGCUGGCGCAGGGUUCUGGGUUGCUGGAUACCCUCUCCGUAGCCAUGGCGACAGGGUCCAGGGGUCGCUGGGCUGCCGCGUCGCCGAGGGGCUGAGUCGGCAGCGGGCUGCGCCAUGGCGGCGCGGGGUUGCGGGCCCUGAGCGCCAGCAGCGGGCGCGCACCAUGAACUCGUGGGACGCGGGCCUGGCGGGGCUGCUGGUGGGCACAAUCGGCGUGUCGCUGCUGUCCAACGGGCUGGUGCUGCUCUGCCUCCUGCACAGCGCUGACAUCCGCCGCCAGGCGCCGGCGCUCUUCACUCUCAACCUCACGUGUGGCAACCUGCUGUGUACCGUGGUCAACAUGCCACUAACACUGGCCGGCGUCGUGGCACAACGGCAGCCGGCCGGGGACCGCCUGUGCCGCCUGGCCGCCUUCCUCGACACCUUUCUGGCCGCCAACUCCAUGCUCAGUAUGGCCGCGCUCAGCAUCGACCGCUGGGUGGCUGUGGUCUUCCCGCUGAGCUACCGUGCCAAGAUGCGCCUCCGAGAUGCCGCCUUCAUGGUGGCCUACACGUGGCUGCACGCGCUCACCUUCCCGGCCACCGCGCUCGCCCUGUCCUGGCUCGGCUUCCACCAGCUGUAUGCCUCGUGCACGCUGUGCAGCCGGCGGCCCGACGAGCGCCUGCGCUUUGCUGUCUUCACCAGCGCCUUCCAUGCGCUUAGCUUCCUGCUCUCCUUCAUCGUGCUCUGCUUCACGUACCUCAAGGUGCUCAAGGUGGCCCGUUUCCACUGCAAGCGCAUCGACGUGAUCACCAUGCAGACGCUCGUGCUGUUAGUGGACAUCCAUCCCAGUGUGAGGGAACGAUGUCUGGAGGAACAGAAGCGGAGGCGGCAGCGUGCCACCAAGAAGAUCAGCACCUUCAUAGGGACCUUCCUCGUGUGCUUUGCACCCUAUGUGAUUACCAGGCUGGUGGAACUCUUCUCCACAGCACCCAUUGACUCACACUGGGGUGUGCUGUCCAAGUGCUUGGCCUACAGCAAGGCUGCUUCUGACCCCUUCGUGUACUCCUUGCUGCGACACCAGUACCGCAGGAGCUGCAAGGAGCUUCUGAACAGGAUCUUCAACAGACGCUCCAUUCACUCUGUGGGCCUCACAGCUGAGGACACAGGAGAUGGCCACUGAUGAACCAGAAAGUAGCCUUCAACAGAUACAAUAUCUGCCAACAAGGCCUCGGACUUCUCAGGCCCCAGUCUGAGAAGAGUUUCUGUGCUUUCCAGGUGACAGAAGUACAAAUGGUCAUCCUAGCGGCUUACCUAUCUCCGGGGACACAUUGGAAGCACCCUGACACACUCAUUGUGCAUCUUGAUGGUUCCUGCCUAUGGCUUGUUUUCUUUCACUUGAAACACGGGUUACUUAUUGCAGGUGUCAUCUAGGUUCCAGGAAGUCCACUGUCCAUCACAGAAGUGUAUAUACUAUACUCAGAACAAUGAUUAUGCUUCAGAGAGAGGCCACUUCACUCAUUUGAGCAUUCAUGAAAAUCAUUUACACACUAUUGGUUGGGCAUGAGGGCCCAGAGAGAUGCUUGGCAGUUAAGAACACGUGUGCUAUUUGCAAAGGACUUGUGUUUGGUCCUCAGUACCCACAUUGCACGACUCAAAAUCAUGUAUAGCUCCAGUUUCAAGGGAUUUGACACCAUUUCUGACACCUCUGACACUGGAUACAUACAGAGCACAUACAUACCUUGAGCAGCACUGAGAUUGACCUGUGAAUGCUGGUAACACUGGCCUAGCAAAGUUGACACACAAACUAUCAUGCACAGUAAACGAUGCAAAUGACUGCUGUUCUGCUCAAGUUGGACAAGUGGGCAGGCUGUUGUGUCUGAUGAAAUACAGUUAGUAAGCAACCAUAAAACAUGAAUCCUACCCUGUGGGGAUUUGAACAUGCUUGGUCUGUGGGAAGUAGCACUUUUAGGAGGGGUGGCCUUGUUGGAGUAGAUGUGACCUUGUUGGAGCUGAGAGUCAGGUGUGAUGUCCUAUUCUUAAGCCCCACUCAGCGUGAAUGGAAAUCCCCUCUUGACUGCCUUUGGAUCAAGAUGUAGAACUCUCAGCUCCUUCCUCAGUACCAUGCCUGCCUGCACGCUGCCGUGCCUCCUACUAUAAUGAUAAUAGACUGAAUCUCUGAAAGUGUACACCAGCCCUUUAUAAAGAAUUGCUUUGGUCGUGGUGUCUCUUCACAACAAUGAAACCCUAAGACACACACCCUGAACUCAAAUAAAAAAAAAUGCUGGGUGUGGGGACAUGUGUUCCUGAUUCCAGUGCUAGGGAGGCAGACACAAGCAGAUUCUUGGGGCUCAGUGGCAGGCUAGUGAAUGAGUGGGCAGUGCCUACAGAACAGCUGAUAUUAAUGUGCAUGUGUGCGUGCACGCACGUACGCAUGCGCAUGCACACACACACACACACACACACACACACACACACACACACACACACACACAAUUGAACUUGGGAGACCUCCUUGCUCCUCAGUAAGUCAGGAAGAAGCAGGGGAGGUACAGUAGCCUCAGUUCUCAGAUCUUUCAGCUCCCUAGGAAUUCACCCCAUUUGGCCUAUAAAUAGCUUCCGAAGAAGUGUCGUAUUAUUUAUCUAACAGUUGUAGUCUCAGAGUGACUUUCUCCACAACAUGUUAGCAAGCAGGCACCUUUUCCAUGUCAAACAGCCAAGGAGCUCAUAAAGUGCUCCCUCCCACACUCGGUUCUUAGGGUGUAUUUAAACAGAACUAAAUUGGUCCAGGCUGCUAGGGUACCCUCUACCUUAGCAGCUGAAACAGAUGUUUCUCCAGGGCCACACCUCAGUCAGCACAAUCAGUCCAAGGGAAAGGCUGCUGAGUCAACUCUGAAAGAUGCUCUUCUUCCCAACUGACUACAGAGGCCUGACUGCCUGCUGUGAAAUGUCCGCUGCAGAUCAGGACUGAGGGGCUGGAGAGGGGAAGAAGUAUCUUGGGAGUGGGCUUCCUAGCCCAGUUCCCCAUAGCUCUGAAUUGUUACCCAGCUUUUAAAAGUUAUAGAUUCAUGGUGACCCGUGUCUAAAGAGAGUGGGCUUGUGGCUCCACCUGGGAUAUGGUCCCAGCUACUGAACUAAAGUGGUUAGACUAUGCGACAUGGGAAAUUGACUAACCAUGGGCAGCCUAGGGCUCCUUCCCCUUAUUCUGACAGCUGAUGGGUGGACCUAAUUCACCUGCUUCAUCCUGUUUUGUUUUAAGUGGGAAGUGGCUCACUGGAUAUGGGCUGGCCUUGAACUUACAACCCUCCUGCUGUGGCGCCUAUGAGUGUUGGGAUAACAAACCUGCAUCACACAAGUCUAGCUAUGUCUACUCCUUCAUUUGUAUACUCUCAUCCCACUGUCAAGAUCAAAGCCAUGGGUCCUGCUGAAAAAAAAAGCGGGGGAGGUUUGUACUUUUUGAGAGGAAAGACCAGGGUUCUCCUAGGGGACACUACAACGAUAGUGAAUUAAUUUGGAUGCUCCUUUGUCUCCAUCGACUUCUGAAAGUUAACAUUCCUGCCAUAGUUAACAUAGGUGAUGCUUCAAAGCAGUAUCAGCAGCACUGUGACAGUCACCACUAGUAAUCAGGUAUUUGGGAAUCAGGUUGCAGUUGCAGAAUUCUAAAUAUAGCGUCUCUGCUCAUUGCCGGCUCGAAAGACGUUGCUGUGAGUCAGCUGCUAGAGUUUGCAUUUAAUGCACUGAUAAUGAGGCCUAUUCAUGACUGGAUCAUGUAUUUCGUUUCUUAACAUGUUUUCACUGUUAUCAAGACAUUUUGAAGUAAUAGAUUUCCUUCACAAUCUUACUCCCCUCCUCUUCUGUGGGGAAGUAAGUGAUGCUGAGGAAUCCAUGACAGAGAAGAGAUUCUGAACCUCUGCACUGCAUCAAUGCUUUGCAAAUUGUGGGAAUGAUCCAGGUAGCCUUGGGGGUCACAAAAUCAAUUGAACAGAUUGUGAGUGCUUUAAGGAAAAACGAGUACAAUGGGAAACAGAGCAGCCUGUCUGCUGUGCUGCAUGUACAUUAAACUUGUAGGGCUGUGUGAUCUGUGAACAUUGGUUCUUGGGUGUGGGGGAGAGGACCCAUUUCUCAGGGUGUUUCUUUUGAGAUGGUUAGAGUCACAGUCCUGGGUAUCCAAGGAAUAGAAACCCUGUCUGUAUUUGUCUUUUCUCUCUAAUAUGUGAGCAGUGUUUGAAGUUAAUAAGCGACCAUCAAAUAUACCUGUAUAAUAGAGAAAAGAAAAGCAGAGGGCAAGGAUCAUCCAAGUGAUACAUACCCCCACUGAAGAUGAUUAUAAAGGUAUGCAGAAAGCUCAGGUGAGUGCUCAUCCAAGGCUCCAGAAUGUACCUGAUGGAAUUUAAAAAACCAGUUGACCUUGCAGAAGUUCUCGGUCUAAUGAAUAAAUAAUGAGUAAGAUGUUAAGCACA